GCCACCGAACAGCUUCUCGUGUUUCUGGACAAUCACGUGUCUGACGGGACUUGGUGCUGUAGCGACGUCGAUCAGAACGGCCUGUGGUACAAUAGCCGCUGGCCAGUGCGCGACUGGCUGGAGGCGGGUUCAGGGGUUGGCUUUGUUGACGCUUUCCUGUGA